CCCGGCCGCCGGGCCCAGGCAGACGACACCGCCCGCGGCCGGGCACGGACCGCGCGCACACACUCUCCAAACAAUGCUCCGAGGCGCUCGGCGGGGCGGCUGGCGGCUCGGAGACCAGCGGCGAGGCCGGGGGAGCGCGGCCCCGAGUCACAUCGUCAGACUCGAAUUGAUCAUGCCCCCGUCCUCUGGCAGGGGAGAUCUCUGAUGAGGGAAGUGUUCUGCCUUUCCAGGAAGCCACCCUGUGAGCCCCAUCUGCCUCCCCUGAGACCACGGCAGGGAGCCAGGCGCAAGAUGAACCAGCACCCCGCCUGCUGCUCAAGAUGCACCAGACCAUCCCAGUGAACCCCGAGAGCCCGAAAAUGUCUGCGUGCAGCGACUUUGUGGAGCACAUCUGGAAGCCCGGGUCCUGCAAAAACUGCUUCUGCCUGCGCACCGACCACCAGCCGGCACCUGGCCGCCCCCAGCCCCGAGCUGGCAGCCUGCCCCCUCCGCCUCGCCUGCCCCCCAGGCCCGAGAGCGGCCGCCCGGAAGAUGAAGGCCUGAGCAGCUCGCCCUACUCCAAGCCCACCAUUGCCGUGAAGCCCACCAUGAUGAGCUCCGACGCCUCCGAUGGGUGGACAGAGGCUGGCGUGAGUGCUGACGUUGCGCAGGUCAUCUGGAGACGAGCCCCCGGCAAGCUCCCCCUCCCGAAGCAGGAAGAUGUGCCAGUAGUUUACCUGGGCAGCUUCCGAGGCGUCCAGAAGCCUGCUGGGCCCUUGGCCCCGGCAGACGGGGGGCACCCUCGCUGCCCCCCUGCCUAUGCCAUGGUCGGCCUGCACAGCCUAGAGCCCCGGGGGGAACGGAGUGUCGCCUUCCACCCAGUGAGCUUCCCCGAUGAGAAGCUUGGACGAGAAGAUAAACCCACGAUUCCCUACCAAGAGCUGACCUCCCCUCAGGAGAGCUUCCGCCAGAAACUGGCUGCCUUUGCUGAGAUGACCUCUGGCUGCCACAAGGGCCCCAGGCCCUACCCCUCUGCACAGCCCCUGCGGGAAUCCCUGCCCUCGGAGGAUGACAGCGAUCAAAGGUGCUCGCCCUCAGGGGACAGCGAAGGGGGAGAAUACUGCUCCAUCCUGGACUGCUGCCCUGGGAGCCCAGGUGGUCAGGACGCCUCACAGGCUGAGGACUCCGGGCGCAGACAGGGCUGCAGGGACUGCUCGCCGGCCUGCUGGGAGCAGGGGAUGUGCUCGAAGCCAACCGAGGAGGAGAGGCGGGCUUUGAGCUUCCCCAGGGAGUGCCGCAGCCAGGGCCCGACAGAGAACCCACCCCGCCUGGGCCCCAAGAAGCAGUCCCUCACCUCGGAGGCUGCCAGCUCCUCGGAUGGCCUCUCCUGCGGGAGUGCCAGUAGCCGCGCCAGCAGCCCCUUGGUCCCCCAGCACGAGAGUGAUUCCUGCUCCCUCAUGAAGGCACCUGGGCCGGGGAAGCAGCAGGACUCUGGCUGCCACGGGGUGGCCUCCAGCAGGUGCCUGGGGCUGACUGGGGAGCCCCAGGCCCCAUCCCACCCCGGGGAGACCGCACAGCCUGAACCCAUCUAUGCUGAGAGCACCAAGAGGAAGAAGGCUGUUCCAGUGCCUUCCAGGCCACAGGCCAAGGCAGAACAGGCGGCAGCUGCCCAGGGCCAGGGCCAGGUGAGGAUGGCUAACACCUGGGCUCAGAAAACAACGUCUGGCUGGGGCCAGGACAGGGAAGGCCCAGAGGUGGCCCCCCAGGUGGCGGCCACCAUCACAGUCAUGGCGGCCCACCCAGAAGAAGACCACCGGACAAUCUACCUGAGCAGCCCCGACUCCUCGGUGGGGGUGCAGUGGCCUCGCGGGCCCCUGAGCCAGGCCCCUGAGGCAGGCGAAGGGGAGCCUUCGGCUGGGCAGGGGCUCAGCUCGAGGGAGAGCCGCCAUCACGGUGCCAGUGAGAGCACGCCCAAGGGGAGGCCUGCCAUCCCUCCCAAGCUGUCCAAGAGUAGCCCUGGAGGGUCCCCGGUGUCCCCAUCGGCCUCCCCCCAGCCCAGCCUCAGCGAAGGCAACUCGGGUGUCACUGGGCCCCAGCCUCCAUCCAGGGGCCCCGCUGACCCUGCUUCCUCCUGCCAGGCCAACGGUGUCCCUGCCAGCGACUCUGCCAGGGGCCCCCCGCCCGCCACUGCCACGUCAGCCUCGGACCAGAGGCGGCCCCGGUACCAGACCGGCGCCUGGAGCCGCCAGUGCCGGAUAGAGGAAGAGGAGGAGGUGGAGCAGGACUUGCUGAGCCAAAGCUGGGGGAGAGGGGUGGACGGUGGCCCCACGGGCCCAUGCAGCUCCUCCACCUGGCUCCGACCCCGCCCCACAGACGGCGCCUCUGGGCCGAAGAGCAAAGCCGGGACCGGGAUGAGCAAAUCGGCCUCGUUUGCCUUUGAGUUCCCCAAGGACAAAAGUGGGAUCGAGGCAUUCUCGCCUCCUCCGCCGCCUCCGAAGUCACGGCACCUUUUAAAAAUGAACAAGAGCAGCUCUGAUUUGGAGAAGGUGAGCCAGGGCUCUGCUGAGAGCCUCAGCCCAUCCUUCAGGGGCGUCCACGUCAGCUUCACCACGGGCUCCACGGACAGCCUGGCCUCCGACUCCAGGACCUGCAGUGAUGGAGUUACACACAGCGCAUCCGCAUGGCAGCAAGGUGGGAGGAGGCUGAAGUCGGAAGCAUAUCGAAAGACUCCUGAUUCCUUGGGUCCAUCAUCUGAGCUGACUCACUCGCCCACCAGCAGCGGGAAGGAGCUCUUCAGCCCUGUCCCCUUCCCUUCGGGCUCCACUGAGGAUGUGUCCCCCAGUGGCCCCCUGCAGCCCCCACCUCUCCCCCAGAAGAAGCUAGUGAGCCGGGCGGCCUCUUCUCCGGAUGGCUUCUUCUGGACCCAAGGCUCCCCCAAGCCAAGAACAGCAGGUCCCAAGCUGAACCUCAGCCACUCGGAAACCAACGUCUGUGUCCAUGACGAGUCCCACUUCAGCUACUCCUCAGGCCCCGGCAGCCGCCUCCAGCACACCUUCUCUGCUUCCGAGCCUCUGGAGAAAACAUUCAAAGACAAUGGCCCCUGGGGCCCAGCGCCAGGGCUGGCGGGCAGCCAGAGCCUGCAGGGCAAAGGGGUCUCCUCGGCCGCGGCCUCCCAGCUGAGCGUGUCCAGCCAGGCCUCGGCGGGCAGUGCCCAGCUGCAGCUGCACAGCCUCCUGAGCAGCAUCAGCAGCAAGGAGGGCACCUACACCAAGCUGGGAGGGCUCUACGCCCAGUCCUUGGUCCGCCUCGUGGCCAGGUGUGAGGACCUCUUCAUGGGCGGCCAGAAAAAGGGGCUGCACUUCAGCGAGAAUAACUGGUCCCUGUUCAAGCUGGCCUGUAACAAGCCCUGCUGCGACUCGGGGGAUGCCAUUUAUUACUGUGCCACCUGCUCCGAGGACCCCGGCAGCACCUACGCUGUGAAAAUCUGCAAAACGCCUGAGCCCAAAGCAGCCUCAUACUGCAGCCCUUCCGUGCCCGUGCACUUCAACAUCCAGCAGGACUGCGGCCACUUUGUCGCCUCGGUGCCCUCCAGCAUGCUCACCUCUCCCGAUGCGCCCAAGGACCCCCUGUCUGCCCUGCCUUCACAUCCCCCCGCCCAGGAGCAGGACUGCGUGGUGGUCAUCACCCAAGAGGUACCCCACCAGACCGCCUCGGACUUUGUGCAAGACUCAGCCACCAGCCACCAGUCUGAGCCCGAGGUUUACGAGCGGCGCGUGUGCUUCCUGCUUCUGCAGCUCUGCAACGGGCUGGAGCACCUAAAGGAGCACGGCAUCAUCCACCGGGACCUGUGCCUGGAGAACCUGCUGCUGGUGCACUGCGCCCCGCAGGCCUCCCCGGACCCCUCCUCCGCCACCUCCUGGGCCCCUCCCACCACCAUACCCCCUGCCCCUGCCACUACCCCUUCCUCUUGCCCCUCUGCCGCCCUCCCGGCCGGCGUCACGCCCACCCCUCCGGCUGGCCCCGCCUGUCAGGGAGGGCCCGGCGAGAAGCACUUGCCCCGACUCAUCAUCAGCAACUUCCUGAAGGCCAAGCAGAAGCCGGGCGGUUCCACCAACCUGCAGCAGAAAAAGAGCCAGGCCCGCCUGGCCCCAGAGAUUGUGUCUGCCUCCCAGUACCGCAAGUUCGACGAGUUCCAAACGGGCAUCCUCAUUUACGAGCUGCUCCACCAGCCCAACCCGUUCGAGGUGCGGGCGCAGCUGCGGGAGCAGGACUACCGGCAGGAGGACCUGCCCCCACUGCCCGCGCUGUCCCUCUACUCGCCGGGCCUGCAGCGGCUUGCGCACCUGCUGCUGCAGGCCGACCCCAUCAAGCGCAUCCGCAUCGGCGAGGCCAAGCGCGUGCUGCAGUGCCUUCUGUGGGGACCCCGGCGGGAGCUGGUGGAGCAGCCGGGCACCUCGGAGGAGGCGCUGUGCGCCACGCUCAGCAACUGGAUCGACAUGAAGCGGGCCCUGAUGAUGAUGAAGUUCGCCGAGAAGGCGGUGGACCGCCGGCGCGGGGUAGAGCUGGAGGACUGGCUCUGCUGCCAGUAUUUGGCGUCGGCGGAGCCCGGAGCUCUCUUACAAUCGCUGAAGCUCCUGCAGCUUCUGUGAGGCAGCCCCCGUCCCGCGUGCUGCCCCCAGCCCCGCCCUGCCUUGCCUUGGAAACAUCUGUGUCUCCUGGGAAAUGGUACAAAUGACUGUUGUACUUGGAUGUUAUAUAUAUAUGUGUGUGUGUGUGUGUGUGUGUGUAAGAUAUAAAUACAAAAGACUGAGGAUGUCACUGCCCACCCUGGUCUGGCCUCUUCUCCUCCCCUAGCCUCGAAGUUUUCGCCUACAAUUGUGUACAUUUCUAGCUUAUUGCAAGGUCCUGAGGACAGUGUGGCCAGCAGAGUGAAGCCUGGACUCUGGUCUCACUACCCCAUUAUGGGCUCUCUUUACCCUCUUGUCAAGUGGCUAUUUAAAAACAACCCAAAAAACCCUCCAUUUUUAAUUAAAAUUUUCGGUUGACUCAUGAGUAAAGAAAGCUCUUUUAUCCUCAAGUGCCCAAGUGCGUUAAUACCUUUGGCGGGUAAAAUUGUUUUUAAGCCCCUGGAGCAGUGGCUUCAAGACCACCUGAACUGUCCUCUGUCUUACACUUCUCGUAAGAUAGAGCAAAAGGCCGCAAGGGCCCCAGGCAUGCGGAGACCAGUUAAUCUUCCCCGCUUCUCUCCCCACCUAACAAGUCUCUUAGGAAGAAUUCAGACACAGCUGGUGUGAUCCCAGAAUUUCAGAAUUUAAUCCCACUGCUUGAAAUCCAUUUCCAGUUUGCUAAAGCUGGUUGUCAUUUGUAUCAGAAGCCUGGCUCAAAGCAGAAGCCACCCCAGAUGGUUCAAAUGACAAGACCUUAACAGGGGACCACUUAGAGAGUUGUAGGCAGGGUUAGAGAAAAGCAAAGGACGAUGAGGCAAAAGCAAGGGCAGGAAUGGGGAGGAUUCACUCAACCUGUUUCCCACCUGUCAUCCCUAGGCCAAGACCAGUGAGAUGCCAGACAGCAAGGGGACCUGGGUGAUACAGUCUACAGGAUUGGCCUCCCUGGGCAGGGUUGAGAAGGAUGGAUAGAGGGCUAGGUGGAAAACAGCCCACUGGUACUGCUGUCCUAGAUAAGGACAGGGCAAGAAUCGAACUCCAGUGUUCCCACUUUCAGAUCGCUAGUCCCCCUGCUGUUCUAAGCUCUUUUGGGUUUCUAUUUUCAAAAACUCAUUCAAAAUACUUUAAAAAUACUCAAAGAAAAUUAGGAAGCAGCAGAUCUUUCCUCCUCAAAACUAGACUCACAAGAAGUCACUAAAUACUCAUUUGAAGAGAAACAGCCCAAGGCCCUUGUAUUUCUACCUAAAGAGUAAUCUUCCAACUUGUGAACUAAUUUCUCAAACCUUGUUAAUAACUAUGGACAAUUUUAAAGCAAAUGCAAAGAUCUUAAUGAAUGUCCUAGAAAUCUAGGAAUGUGGCUAGCAACCAGGAUGGGGAAAUCUCCCAGGUCACCUUCUGCAUAUUAAUUUCACUCCUUUUACAAGCCUUCCAUCCUGGGACUCCAGGUAAACACACCUACACUUGCAAACAUCUGAGGUGAAACCUGGGGCUUCGGGGCACAUUUGUCAUUUCAACUCUCGCUUGAGCAUUGAGGAAAGAAGUGGCUAAAACCAGCUUCCAACUAUGUUUGUAGAAGAGAAAGAGUUUUGAACAUGGAAAUCACAGUUCUCCAUAG